UCCAGGUUACUUCCAUUUUCUCUCUCUAAACAUCAUACAGUAUCCAUGUUUUGUUUCUCUCUCUUUUACCCCCAAACACUGAACAUUGUAACAUGUCCAUCAAAGUCAUGUCACCAUGUCUGCGCUCAUGGUGCCCCAGAAGUUGUCACUCUUCUUCUUCAUCAUUUCGCUGUUUUCUGACUCCUCACAAACUUUUCAACAUUUCUUACUCCACUUUUGCAUGGGUUCAACCCAAUUCUGCUGAACCCAGCGAGCUAGAGAGGCGUAUUGUCUCUCUCUGUAAAAGCCAUGUUAAAUUGAAGGAAGCAGUAACUAUCCUUAACUCUAUGCUCCAAUCGAAUUCGAAACCAUCCUCUUUCACUUGUUUCUCUCUCCUCGACUCCCUUUCUAGAGCAGGAGAGCAUGACAAAGCUCUCUCUGUCUAUAAAAGCAUUGCUACAGCAGAAAUUUUACCCGAUAUUAAUAUUCUUCACACUUUGCUCAACUGUUUUUGCCACACGCGAAUGACCCAUUCUGCUUUUGGGGUUUUGGGUUUAAUUCAGAAACUGGGUUAUCGUUUCUCGGUUAUUCAAUUGAACAUUGUGAUGAGAGGUUUGUGCAAGGAGCGCCAGGUUGCUAGGGCCAUAGAGCUCUUCCAGGUUAUGGAAAAGCAGAAGCUUCUACCAGAUGUUGUUACGUAUAAUACUCUUAUAAAUGGGCUCUGUAAAUCCAUGCUUUUCGAAGAAGCCUUGACAUUAUGCAAAGAAAUGAGGAAGAGAGAGUGUUACCCCAACAUUGUCACGUACACCACGCUCAUUGAUGGUCUUAGCAAGGAUGGGAGAACAGAGCAGGCAAUGAAUUUGUUAGGGGAGAUGCAUCGAAAAGGCCUUAACCCUGAUGUGGUUACUUAUAGUGCUAUUGUGAAUGGUCUUUGCAACAAAGGCUUAUUUGAUAAAGCUAUUGAAUUGUUCCAUGAGAUGUCAGAGAAGAGAAUUUCCCCUAAUGUGGUCACCUACAGUUCUUUGAUUCAUGGUCUUUGCAAGAACGGGCAGUGGCAGGAUGCCACUGAAAUGUUCAAUGGUAUGCUUGAAUCAGGGCUUCAACCUGAUGCCAUCACAUACACAGGAUUGGUUGAUGGCUUGUGUAAAGAUGGAAGGGUGCCACAAGCUAUGCAAUUGCUGAAUACAAUGAUGGAGAAAGGGGAAGAGCCAGACACAGUGACAUAUAAUGUUUUGAUUAAUGGGCUCUGCAAAGAAGGUCAGAUGGGUGAUGCCAUGAAUUAUAUGGGCAAGAUGAUUGAAAGAGGAAACAUGCCCGAUGUGGUCACUUUCAAUACAUUAAUGGUGGGAUUUUGCAGAAUUGGUAAGGUGGAAGAGUCUGUGAAACUUCUCCAACACAUGCUUGAUGGGGGUUUCAUUUCCUAUGCACCUGGCAGUGUGGUUUUCAUAGAUAAGAAGCAUAGAAAUUGCUGUGUUGAGCCAGACAUAAUGACGUAUAAUACACUCGUACAUGGGCUUUGCAAAGAGUGUCGUGUUGAUGAAGCCGUUCAGCUUUGUCAAAAGAUGGCAGAGAGAGGGGUUGCUUGUAAUCUGGUGACUUAUAACAUGUUGAUUGAUGGGUUUUGCAAGGUUCAUCAACUGAAUGAAGCUUUAAUGCUCCUACAGCAAAUGGGUGAUAAGGGAUUUGAGCUGACUUCCUUUACAUAUAGCAUCUUGAUAGACGGGCUUUGCAAAAAUGGCAAGAUUGAAACUGCCAAAAAGCUUCUCUAUGACAUGCAGUCUCAUGGCCUUGUUCCUAACCAACGCGACUAUAAUACAUUGCUAGAUGCAUUAUGCAAAGUGGGAGAUCUUGAGCAUGCAAUGAGUUUGUUUCUGGUGAUGAAUGAAGGUGGUUGCGAACCAGAUGUCAUCACCUUCAAUAUCCUUAUUGAUGGGAUGUGCAGAGCAGGAAAUUUGAAUGAUGCAAAGGAAAUGCUUAAUGAGAUGAUUCAGAGGGGUUUUAUCCCUGACAUUGUAACAUACUCUAUAAUAAUAAAUGGGCUCUCGAAAGUGGGAGAUAUGGAUGAUGCCAAAGGAUUACUUGAAAAGAUGAUUGCAAAGGGGCUUUCUCCAGAUGCUUGCAUAUAUGAUUCCCUGUUGAAAGGGUUUUGGGCAAAGGGUGACGUGGAAGAAUUUAUGAGGCUACUCCAUGGAAUGGCAGCUCAGGGUGUUAGACUUGAUGAUAAACUUGAAUCGACAAUCUUGGAUUGCCUCUCUGGUGACGGUCGAAUCUCAACAUUUAUGGAGUCUCUACCCAAAUUUUCUCAAGCGAAUCUCAUGUAAAGAGUUGUUGAUAAACUCCAGGAAUCCCAUCCCAUGCUAGAAUCACAAAAAGUUAAAUCUCAAUUGUAGUUACUUUUUGCCUUUGCCCCCAUGAGUGUUAGCAUGGGUUAUAUUUGUAAUCAAAAUCCAGUUAGAAGUUUUAUAAUGCAUUGAUUUUUUUUAA